AUGUCUUCCUCAACCAGUAAGAAGCCAGCGAUCAGGCCACGUUGGACGAUGCGAGGUCAUACGGGCUGGGUAGAUGGUAUCGUCCAUCUGCCCGGCGGACGACGGAUAAUCACAUGUUCGCAUGACGCCUCACUCCGGUUAUGGGACCUAGAGAGCCGUGCACAGAUAGGUGAAGACUGUUGCAAGCGGAAGACGCUGGUAGCAAUAUUGCACCCGGGGCCAAAAUACAGACUCGAACAGAAGGCAUCUCAAGGCAACCCAGGAAUAGAGCGAACCCCCCGCUCUUCACUCAGUGACAAGUCAUUUUUGGAAGUUGAUGCUACGCGAUGUCACGACGAGCUCGGGGGUCAUGUCGAUGAAUACCCACCUAGAUUUUUUGACAGCAUGGAAGCCGAGUGCCCACCCUCAUUCCUCUGCAAGUGCACUCCUCGCUCGCAUUUCCUCGUUCCUCCACCGCCUUCGAUACGACAAUGCUGAAGCGACCGAACUUUCCCAACCCCCAAUGCCUUCCAGGUUCCAUCCACGUGUGCUCCUCGCUCGCCUUUCAUCACUCGUUCACCGUUCACCACCUGAAAAUGAUGCAGCAGAUGAUCUACAGCAACCCUUCACGCCUUCGCGUUUAGAUCCAUAUGUGCUCCUCGCUCGACUGUCCUCACGUUUACCCCGUUUUCGACUCAACACCGACGAAGAAACCGAACCUCAUCCCACAACAUAUUCGGGU